AGGAGCUAUAUGGUGACUUUGAAGACCUUGAAACGGGGGAUAUGCACAAGGGAAAAUCAGCUCUAAAUACUCAGGUUGAAGCUGUAGAAGAAGUUAAGGAAGAAGAAAUUGAGUCCCAAACAGAGGAAAGUGCCAAGAAGAAGCAUAUGGAUAAGAAGAGAAAACUUAAAGAGAUGUUUGAUGCAGAGUAUGAUGAAGGAGAAAGUACAUAUUUUGAUGAUCUUAAAGGAGAAAUGCAGAAACAAGCCCAGCUUAACCGGGAAGAAUUUGAAGAUCAAGAUGAUGAGACCCGAGUUCAGUAUGAGGGUUUUCGACCUGGGAUGUAUGUCCGAAUUGAGAUAGAAAAUGUACCUUGUGAAUUCGUGCUCCACUUUGACCCCCAUCACCCAGUUAUUCUAGGUGGUUUGGGAAAUAGUGAGGGCAGUGUUGGAUAUGUACAGAUGCGUUUGAAGAAACAUCGUUGGUAUAAGAAAAUCCUCAAGUCUCGAGAUCCAAUAAUUUUUUCUGUAGGAUGGAGGCGGUUUCAGACUAUCCCGCUGUAUUAUAUUGAAGACCAUAAUGGAAGGCAAAGGCUUCUAAAAUACACUCCACAGCAUAUGCAUUGUGGAGCAACAUUUUGGGGGCCUAUCACUCCACAGGGGACUGGGUUUUUGGCAGUACAGUCUGUCAGUGAUACGAUGCCUGAUUUCCGGAUAGCUGCCACAGGAGUUGUCCUUGAUCUCAAUAAAUCCAUUACAAUUAUGAAGAAACUAAAGCUAACUGGAUUUCCAUAUAAAAUUUUCAAGAAUACGUCAUUCAUUAAGGGGAUGUUUAAUUCUGCCUUGGAAGUGGCCAAAUUUGAAGGUGCUGUGAUUCGAACUGUCAGUGGAAUAAGGGGACAGAUCAAGAAAGCACUCCGAACUCCAGAAGGAGCUUUCCGUGCCACCUUUGAGGACAAGUUGUUGAUGAGUGAUAUUGUUUUCAUGAGAACGUGGUAUCCUGUCUCCAUUCCAGCCUUCUAUAACCCAGUUACAUCUUUGUUGAAACCAGUGGGUGAGAAAGACACCUGGUCAGGAAUGAGGACAACAGGUCAACUCAGACUUGCACAUGGUAUCAAAUUAAAGUCCAGCAAGGAUUCUUUGUAUAAGCCGAUAAUGAGGCAAAAGAAACAUUUUAAUUCACUGCACAUUCCAAAAGCCUUGCAAAAAGCCCUACCAUUUAAGAACAAGCCCAAGAUCCAUGCAAAGGCAGGCAAGGUGCCAAAGGACAAGCAGAGACCAGUUGUCAUACGGGAGCCUCACGAGAGAAAGAUCCUUGCGUUGCUGGAUGCUCUGAGUACAGUGCACAGUCAUAAAAUGAAAAAGGCCAAGGAACAACGGCAUCUGCAGAAUAAAGAGCACUUCAAAGUGAAGCAAAAGGAAGAACAAGAAAAGCUGACACAGCAGAAGGAGCUCAGGAAGAAGCUCUUCCGAAUUCAGGGUCAGAAAGAAAGAAGAAAUAAAAAGUCCAGCCUGAAAGGGAAUGAGGAACAAUUAAACUGA